AUGCCGGUGGCGGGAUCUGAGAUCAUAACUUGGCAGGCCAAGAAGCGGACAUAUUUGAAGCUAUUUGGAUUAGCUUCAAAAAACAAGGCUCUGAAGGGACAAAAAGGAGCAGGGAAAUGGCAAGAAGUUUGCGUUAAGAAUUCAGAUGACCCACUUUUGGGAAAAUUUGAUAAGCCACUUCCCUGUUUUGGGUUUGGAAUUGGAUGGAUUUCCCUCCUGCUUGGACUUGUAUGCCCACCGAUAUGGUAUUAUGCCACAAUUCUCCACUUUAACAAUUACUGCCUCAAGGAUCCAGGAGAGCGAACCGGACUAGCUGCUUCUGCUAUUGCUACAAGUGUUUCCAUUUAUUGCUUGUCAAAAGUUCUGCUCUAAUUUUUACAAUUGCUGCACUGAUUACUUUAGGUGUGUUUCUGCUGUAACUACAGUUUACAUUAUUCUGCG